AUGGACGCCGGCUCUGAGCACAACUCAGAUAUCAUCACGCUGUCUUUCUCCCCGACAGGAUCCUACUUGGCUACCGGUGACGAGAGCGGGCAUGUAGUCGUCUGGGAUGUGCCUUCAGGGAAGAAGGAGACCAAGUUUUACCCCGAUCUGGGUGCUGCCACUGCCCUAUUGUGGGCACCGUUCAGUCUUCGUACUCUUAUGAUUGGCGGAGAACGUGGUUCAGGUUCCGUCGUCUCGGACGUACUCACAGAGAACCUGACCGCCUUCAUCAAGACCGGCACCUACAACGUCAUUAACAGUAUGGACGUCGACGUGGAGACCCGCAUGCUAGCGCUCGCGGUCGGACCUGAGGUUCACCUGGCGAUGUCAAUGGGUGUUGCUGGGCAUUACAUCUCGAACCGUGUGUUUCCCAAACCUCACAGCCCACCCGGAUUGCAGGGCGACAUACAUGUGCGGCCCAGAGUUGUGCAUCUAGAACGAGGCGCAAAGAAACUGAUUGUGGCCUACUUGACCCACGGUAUCGUGUGCUGGGAUGCAGAGCAAGAGACGCAACUCUGGCAGAUAUUUCCUGAAUCGCGGGUUGUUGGAUUCACGGCUGUCUCCAAAGAUUUCUGCUUCGUUUUCGUAUCGACGAUAACUGGAAAAGCGGAGCUAUACUACGCUAAGGACUCGAACAAGCGCCCACGAGUGGUCGUCAUCUACGACAACAAUCAACCGGGCCCUCGUCAGCCUUCUCGUGUAGCGCUGCUGGAUCAUGAAAGCAAUAUUGCAUGUGGAUCGGAAGAGGGGGUGAUAAGGGUGUGGGACUUGAAGGGUGAAUUACAGCAAGAGUUGCGGCCUAUGGAGGGAGAUCAUCCGAUUCGCCUCAUCACUGCUCAAGCUGCUCGGGGAACGGGACACCUAGCUGGGGUUAUCAACGCCAGCGACGCCCCUGACAUCCUGCUUUCGAACAAAAUUUAUUUGUUUUCGAACAAGUUCGACCGUGGCUAUUGGAAUAUGGUCUUCGAUUUUAUGUUUGCAUCUGACGCGCUCCACGUGCAAGAGAAAGCAGAACAUGCGGCGCUCCUUCUCUCGCGUUAUGCAUAUGCUAUCUGUUCCAUUCUCGUCCUGGCCGUUGCCGCUCUAUCUUCGCGCUUGCCUUUUGUUCGCGAGCGAACGUUGCCUCAAACGUCUUUCAUCGUCGAAGUUCUGUAUGACCUGCUUCUACUGAUGCAGGGUCUUGCCGCAUCACUCAAGGUCAUUGCCACAGAAGCAUUCAGGAGUGCUAUGCGCGGUGCUGCUACUUACUUGAACGAUCUAGCUAAUGAUGAGAAUGUCUAA